UGCCAUUUCCACUUUGCGUAAUUUGCGGCGAAAAAAAGAAAUAAUACGGCAAACGGCUUAAAUAAUUUAAGUUAUUACGGUGAUAACGAUUGAAUAAAAGACGCGCAUCGGAAAUGUAACUGCUGGAGAGACUCCAUUGGAUGCCCCGAUCUUCGUGGAGGGUCGCGUUUGCGAUUUGCAUACGAAUAAAAUAACAUUUUGAUGCUGAAUUCGAUUUGCGCGCCCGUGUGUGCGUGCGUGCGUGUGUGUGUGUGCGUGCAAUAAAAAUAAAUAAAAUAAUAUCUGCAAUCUCAACAUCAUCAUGUACUAUCCGCCCGCUGAUAGUUAUACCGGUUAUCGGGUGACUCCACCCCAAAUCAACGGCAGCACCACCAGCACCAUCAGCAGCAGCGGCAGCAGCAACAACAACAACAUCCACCACAUCAACAAUAACAAUAACCACAUCUGCAGCAGUGGCAGCAGCAACAACCUCAGUUUGACGACAGCAAUCAGCGGCAGCAGCAACAGAAUGGACACCGACGAUGUGGAAUCGAACACCAGCAGCGCGAUGUCCACACUGGGCUCGCUAUUCUCCUUCACAUCGCCGGCGGUGAAGAAGCUGCUGGGCUGGAAGCAGGGCGACGAGGAGGAGAAGUGGGCGGAGAAGGCCGUCGACAGUCUGGUGAAGAAGCUGAAGAAGCGCAAGGGCGCCAUCGAGGAGCUGGAGCGGGCGCUCUCCUGUCCCGGUCAGCCCUCGAAGUGUGUCACCAUUCCACGCUCGCUGGACGGACGAUUACAGGUCUCCCAUCGCAAGGGUCUGCCGCAUGUGAUCUACUGCCGCGUGUGGCGCUGGCCCGAUCUGCAGUCGCACCACGAACUGAAGCCGCUCGAGCUGUGUCAGUAUCCGUUUAGCGCCAAGCAGAAGGAGGUGUGCAUCAAUCCGUACCACUAUAAGCGCGUGGAGAGUCCGGUGCUCCCGCCAGUUCUCGUUCCUCGCCACUCGGAAUUCGCGCCCGGACACUCGAUGCUGCAGUUCAACCAUGUGGCCGAGCCCAGUAUGCCGCACAAUGUGAGCUAUUCGAACAGUGGAUUCAACUCGCACAGCUUGAGCACCAGCAACACAUCGGUGGGCAGUCCGAGUUCCGUCAACUCCAAUCCCAAUUCGCCGUACGACAGCUUGGCGGGAACACCGCCGCCCGCCUACAGUCCCUCGGAGGACGGCAACUCCAACAAUCCGAACGACGGUGGCCAACUGUUGGAUGCUCAGAUGGGCGAUGUCGCCCAGGUCAGUUACUCGGAGCCCGCCUUCUGGGCGUCGAUAGCCUACUACGAGCUGAACUGCCGCGUGGGCGAGGUGUUCCACUGCAACAACAACUCCGUGAUCGUCGACGGCUUCACGAAUCCUUCCAACAACUCGGACCGCUGCUGCCUCGGUCAGCUGAGCAAUGUGAACAGGAACAGCACCAUCGAGAACACACGCCGUCAUAUAGGCAAGGGCGUUCAUUUAUACUAUGUGACCGGCGAGGUCUACGCCGAAUGCCUGUCCGACUCCGCCAUUUUCGUGCAGUCGCGCAACUGCAACUACCACCACGGAUUCCAUCCGAGCACCGUGUGCAAAAUACCGCCGGGCUGCUCGCUGAAGAUCUUCAACAAUCAGGAAUUUGCUCAGCUGCUGUCGCAGUCGGUGAACAAUGGAUUCGAGGCCGUUUACGAGCUGACAAAGAUGUGCACCAUCCGGAUGUCGUUCGUCAAGGGCUGGGGCGCGGAGUACCAUCGCCAGGACGUGACCUCGACGCCAUGUUGGAUCGAAAUCCAUCUGCACGGGCCGCUCCAGUGGCUGGACAAGGUGCUCACCCAAAUGGGCUCUCCGCAUAAUGCAAUUAGUUCGGUAUCCUAAGCUUAAGAUGAGGCUCGAGUCCUCAAUGGAGACGGAAGAGAAGGAACACAAAACCGGUAGCUAAAUGAGUGCGCGUGAGUGAAAGCUAAGUGUGAAAAGACGUAGAGAACACAGGACAAUGGAGAGAGCAUAGGUCUGUGCCUGAGGAUGGAGGAUCCAUGCCACUCAGCUGCAGAUUUAUAUAGAUGUACGCCAGCUACUCCAAUACCCGCCCUUUGCCCAUAUUUUAUAGUUUAUCGUAUGAUUUUCUAUGCGAAUGUCAUUCCUAAUGCU